AUGGCCGCAACCACCAAGAAGUCCGCCUCCGGCGCAGCCAAGAAGGGCUCCAAGUCUGCCACCAAGAAGUUCAUCAUCAACGCCCAGCAGCCCACCCAGGACCGUAUCUUCGACCCCUCCGCCUUCGCCACUUUCCUCCAGCAGCGCAUCAAGGUCGAUGGCCGCACCGGUAACCUCGGCGAGAACAUCACCGUCAACAACCUCGGCGACGGCAAGAUUGAGGUCGUGGCACACCAGGACUUCAGCGGUCGUUACCUCAAGUACCUGACCAAGAAGUUCCUCAAGAAGCAGCAGCUUCGUGACUGGCUCCGUGUUGUGAGCACCUCCAAGGGCGAGUACAGCCUCAAGUUCUUCAACGUGGUUGGAGACGAGGCGGAUGAGGAUGAGGACUAG